AUGUCGGUGAACGAGAAACGCCAUUCCCAAACCAACACAACCCUCCGAGCUGCGAGCUCCCCCACGUCUGACCGUGAAGUGCUUGACCAACGAUUGCAGCGCCUCUCCGACGACGUCCUCCCCCCCCGGCAUGAUAGACCCUUCAGCUUGGAGGAACAGCAACUACAAUAUAUGACCUUCUUGACACACCACGACACAGAUUCGUUGCUUCUAGCCGUUGGGGACUGGUCAGACGAAACGGGGCGCAUGAUGACCGAUCGAUCAACAGCCCCAAACGCUGAAGAAAGCUCAAGAGAAACCGUGGCCAGAAAGAAGAUUAGUCUCAAGGACUACAAGACUCAGAAGACCAGCGGAGCUGUCAUCUCUCCCGUUGGCCUUGGCCUCGAAGCAGGUAGCCGAGGCGGGUCAAGCUUCACCAAAUCCGAGCAAAGACGUCAGACGACAUCGUCGGAACCACUCAAGAACAACGAUAAGACUAAAAUGCCUCGAAUGCCACCGAAGUCACACACGCGUCUCUCUCCUGAAAGAGCGGGCCAGAAACGGCCAUCUGGGUCUGAGCUUGAAUUCCCUAACCCCUCAGCGACAAAGAGGUCCGAAGUACAUUCUACAAAGAAACCACGACUAUCUCCCGAGAAAGAGACGCGCCGAGAGCCCAGCCCUGCCAAGUCACACUCCCCCAGGCUGCCCGCACUUCUUUCACCCACUCUCCCACCGACAUCGGACAUCGAAAAAGAGUUGGCUCGUCUUGGAGACCAUUCGCCACCUCGCAGUCGAGCAGGAAAGGGACUGCCUGGCAAGGAGUUCAAUACUCAUGAACAUUUAAGAGACCAUGCCCGUACCGAAUCACAAAAGACGCAACUAAUUGCCAAACUGCGGUAUGGAAGAGCGAAUCGAAAGCGUGUCGAAGCUCUGCUCAAAUUUUGCGGUAAAAAGAAGGCACAUCUGUCAGAUUCACCGGUCAGCCAGGACACCGAUCACGAUGUCUCACAUCCUAGGAAAAAGGGAGGAGAUACUGGCCCAUCUCGAGGGCAUACACUUGGGGACCCGAGAGGCAAGAAGAACGAGACCGACGAAGCUCUUGGCCCUCAAGAUGGUCGCUCAAAGGAGCCAAAAACCUUAUCCGAAAAGCCUCGAACACCGAUUCCUCAACAACACUCGAUCUCUCAUUCAUUUUCCCACGACAAGACUAAAACAGCUUCCAUCACUCCGGCGAAAGAUCUAAAGCCUCCUAUUUCUCGCCGAAACGAAUUCGGGGAGACUGAUGGCAAGACUCCUUCUUAUCCCCCCAACAAACGUCACUCCGUUGAUCCUGGGUCAACCGUGAAAGCUUUUCCGACACAGGUAGAUGGUCGCACGCGCAAUGAGCGACAGGUAUGGUGGGAUGAAUGGCAAAAGUUUGCAAGCAUCGGUCGUGAAUUGAAACAUGCUGCAGAGCGGCAAACUUCUAAAACUGGAACCCCGGCCACUGACGAAAAGCUAGCCGUCGUGACUGCAAUCGAAGCGUUGCUGUCAUUUAUUAUGGCAUUUGUAGCGAAUGACCAGGCCAAGGCUUCAUCCCGUCAGGUCGGGGAUUCCUCCACAUGGCUGUCUAUUGUACCAUACUGGCGUGUGGUCAAGAAGAACAGUGUACCAUAUCCGGCGUUGAACAGUCUCUGCUUGCUCCUCGGGGCUAUUUCAUUCACUGCCAUUCAUAGUCUUGACCUUGAACGUCUCGCCAUAACGCCGAUUCCUGGAGAGCACACCCCGGUUCCCACGCCUGGGAGUGACGGCAAUACAGCUCUAUCGGAUGAUAACAGGAAAAGCAGGAAGGAAUUUUCAGAACUGAAGGCUCGUCUCCCUGAGUUUUACAAGGAUUCCCAGAGGCUAUGGCUAGAGGGCACCCGGGGUCUCUCUGAAGAUGUCCUUAGUCGCGAGUUCCCUACGAUCUGGUCUCAACGAUCUCGAAAUUACUCAGAGCGAGGUCGAUCAUCUCUCAAGGCCGGCGACUAUGUUGGAAGCUAUUUUUUACCACUUGGUGGCACUAGUCCUCCUCUUGAAGUGGUUCGGUUUGGCUGGUCCCUGCUGAAAGAAUGGUGCUCGAAAGAACGAGUGGAAUGGCAUGGGCGUCUUGGUCUCUAA